AGAAUCACUGGAACUGGUCCCAGUUCCUCUGUCAGGGUCCAGGUUCUGCAGCCUGACCCGGUUCCAGGGGGUUCUGGUAUCAUGGAGCUGCUUGGUUAAUCUCAGGGCUCAGCGCAGCGCCCCCCGCUGGGCACCAAUCAGCUUACAGCUCAGUAAGUGGAUCAGCCGGGGUUCUGCUGGCUGAACCGGGUUUAGGCACCAAAACAACCUCACUGGCCGAUCAUCUCAUCACGGAACCACCAGAACCGGGUCCAGGUACCAGUCAGGAUCAUUGGCAGGUUCUGGUCUCUAUGGUCCGGCUCUCUGGGCUGAACUCGGCCCAGUUUCUGGUUCCUUUAAGGUUCUGGAACCGUUCAAGUCUGAAGGAACCAGUACUGGUUCCAGAACCGUUCUAGACUCUGGUUCUGGUUCUGGUCCAGUCUUAUUUUGUCCCAUCUUUGGUCUUGCCUGGUUCUGGUUCUGUUUCAGUCAACAUCUGGACCUGGUUCUGGACUAUCUUUGGUUUCUUUAUCUGGAACCGGUUUGACUUUGGUUCUGGUCCGUGUUGGACUCUCAUCCAUCUCCGGUUCUGGUUCUGGAGUCCAGUUCUUGCCUGCCUUUGAGUUCUGUUUGGUUUUGGCUUUCUCGGAUCCUGGCCCGGUCCUGGUGGUAUUUCAGACCAGUCCAGAACCUGGUCCAUGGUGGUGAAUCAUUGCUCUGGUGAUCAGGUGACCUGCUGUAAUGAACCGGACCUUUCUGUCUGAAGGGAGAAAGUUCUGUGGAGUUCUGGGCCGGUUUUGGUUCUGCUUUGUUCUGGUUGAUCCGAUCCAUUGUGAUGUAAUCUCCAGUCUUUGUGUUGCUGUUUCUCCUUCCCCUUAAUCCCAUUAUCCAAUAAAAGAUGUCUGGUUGGGCCGGUUCUGGGGGGAUUACAGUCUGGACGGGUCCGAUUAUAGAAAACUCACCGCUUUGUUUUAGACUUGAUCAUCAGCAGGAAUCAGUGUGACCUUUGACCUGCUUGGCAUCACGUUUAUCCAUGUUGACGUCUGAUUUCUGGUGUUUUGGGGUCAAAGGUUAAAAACUGAUGAAUUCAUAGAGUCACCGAGUUUUUUCAGAACUUUUCAGAACUUUUUAUCUCACAUCAGCAGAAUCUGUUUCUCAACCUUCAGUUUCUGCCUGAGUAAAGUUCCAGUUUGCUUCAUUCAGAGAAGAAAACUGAAACAUCUUCGGUGUUCUGGAGCUGAUGGGACUCCCUCUGGGCGGUUCCGACCCGUCGGGCCGGCUGCCUCUGACAGUCAUCCACUCCAGCAGCUUAACAAAUAGGAUUAAAGUGGAGAGGAAGAAAUCUCCCGCUGCAGCAGCAAAGUCCCAUCUGCUCACCUGACAGCAAGAAGCUGCCGCCGUCGGCACGUCCUGCACGACCCGUCCGACCCGUCCUGGUUCUGAUUGUUCUGCCAUGAGAUCCGGAGGAGCUAUGAGCAGGUGGAGGUGAGGAGCAGCGGCGACCCGAUAGGAGGAGAAAAUGGCCCGGAGGAGCGUGGUUCUGUGGACGCUGGGGGCCGUGCUGCUGUCCGGGCUGCUGUGCACCGAGACGGAUCCCAGUCGGGACCUGGCGGAUUCGGACCCGCUGUCCUUCAGAAAGCACUCGGUUCUGAUCCGAAGGAAGAGGAACUUGCUGUUUCCCAGCGGAGUGAAGCUCUGCUCCCAGGAGACGUUCGACCAGGCCGUCUCCAACCACCUCCACUUCUUCCACCUCAGAGUGUGCCAGGAGACCGUGUGGGAGGCCUUCAAGAUCUUCUGGGACCGACUCCCGGACCGGGACGAGUACCAGGCCUGGGUCAACCGCUGCAUUGACGGAUCAGUCAGCAUCAAGGACAUCGGCAGCUUCUUCAGCCAAUCAGAGGAGCAUCAGAGCCUCAUCAGGAGCAGAGUUGAACUGGCUGCUGCCUUGAACAGUGCGCCCGUCUCCUCAGGCUCUCCUCCAUGCAGGUCGGCACCGCCUGUCCAGACUGACCCACCCGCCGUUUGGACUCUACCAGGAGACAACAGUGUCGUCUUUGGAUCAGAAGCUAUUACAGUCCGUCAGCAGGAGCUUUCUCCAGUCACCUCUUGGACUCCAUCGCUGUCUGCAACCGAAGCUCCACUUAAAGACGCUGCAGCGACUUCUCCUGAGGAUUUAACCGCUGACCCUGCUGCUGACGCCGUGCCAGAAGACUCUAAUGAUAUCCAGGAAACUGUACCGAUUAUUACUUCACAGAGUCCGGCCGCGGUCGUCAGAAACGUUCUAAAUGUUGGAGUCACUUCAGAGGAGACUGUAGAGAUGAUCACGGAUGUUUAUCACCCGGUUACACACCAGCCUGUUGACCCGGUGGGUCAGGAGAUCGGGACUGAUGUCGGCAGAGCAGAAGAAGAAGAACAGCUUCUUGAAAUUACUACUGAAGAGUUGAACAGUGUGUCUGUAGUAAUACCAGAGGAUGAGCAACUAUCAACACAGCUGGUUGCUCAAGAAAUCCUCACAGAACCUGCGGUUGUGGUUCUUCCAAAGCCCACCACGCCCCCUACUGUAGAAACCUUCACUCCAAUUGUCACUCCUGUUGUAGUUGAAGACACGACUGGAACAACUGCUAGGAGUUUAGUUAGCCCCAUCCAGGAGGAAAUCCUGGAUAACUCUUUAGGUCCCAUCCCUGGUGUUACUUUGACUGAGACACCUAGAGAGGCUGUACAGGAAUCCAUUGUUGAAACUGCAGUUGUUGCGCCUGAAACUGAUGUUUCUUCAGGUUCUGAUGGUGAGGUAGACACGCCACAGGUAGAUGAUCCAUCAGAGGCAGCAGUAGAUGUUAGCCAAGAAGAGAUCAGCAAAGAGACGACACCAACUGUGUUUCUGAUGGUAAAGUCUGAAGACGAGACGGAAAUCAACGAGAUUCCAGAGCAAGAAUCAGACAUAGCCGUUCCCUCUCAGGCCUCCAUCCCAAUGACUACCAGCAAGAUGGAGGAAGUAAGACAAACUACUGAGAUGACAGUCAAACCUCUACUUAUUGUAGAAGGAGAGACUUUUCAAGAAAUCCCAACAAUACGGACAAUGACACCUGAGGAAACUACCAAAGAAACUGUUCUUGUUUCAACAUCAACACCAGAGCCUGUGAUAGAGGUGGAAACAAAACCUGGAAGUACUGUUAUACUUACAGAAGGUAAUAUGGUGGAAGGAGAAACAGAGGCUGGUGCUAAAAAAGAAAGUUUUCAGACAGAAGAGACCACUAUCAAGGGAACAGAUUCAUCAGAAGAGCAGCCAGAACCAUUGGACAAGAAGUUCAUUGAAGAGGAACCAGGGACGGAAUCUACAGGUGGUUCUGUUGAACCUAAAACAUCUGCAGAACCCAAAGAACAAGGUGGACAAGACAUUAUAGAAGAACCAGCACCCAGAGAAGAAACUGCACAUGAACCAGAACCUGCAGGAGAAGCAGUACAGGAAGGAGAACCUCCAGGAAGUGUUUCAAGGGAACCAGAAAUGGUAGAAAAAACAGCAGAAGAUAAAACAGAACCAGGAGAUGACACAGAACCUGCAGAAGACCGGAUGGUUGAGAGACCGGCACAUGACCUGUCACUCAAGUUAGAAACUCUUGAGAGAGCAGAACCUGCAACAGAGUUGACUUUCACAGGAGAAAUUACAGAACUACCCUCAGAACCAACAGAUCAGAAAGUAGUCAAAGAACAAAGAACAGACCUUACUGCAGAUUCAGUACCAGAACCUGAGGCCACAGGUGGACCAGUCCAAGAAAUAAGCUCCACGUUAGGGACAAAACAAAAAGCAGAACCGACCACAAAACCACCAGAAGAGACAGAGCCAACUCCAGAAAUGGAAAUCACAGAAACGGUGGAAGCAAAAGCAACAGAACCCACAGUUCAGUUUCCACAACCCACAGCAGAACCAACACCAGAUAUGGUCAUAGAACCAAUAAAGGAAGCAGAAGUAAAAACAGAAGCUGCUGGAGAUCUAGAAAAGAAAUCUGAAGAACCAGAACCAACCACUAAACCACAAGAACCCAAACUUGAAACUGCAACCAUAGAAAAAACAGUUGAAGCAAAAUCCCCUGAACCAUCACAGGUUCCAGAAUUUACCACAGAGCCUUCACAAGAAAUAGAUCCCAUCAUCCAUCAAGAGAAAGAAGAAGAAGACUCUACAAGACAAUUGGUAGAAGAGGAUUCAGACGUAAAACUGAAACAAGAACCAGUGCAAGAACCUGAGUCAACACAGAAACCAGGCCAAGAACCCGAACAAACUAAAGAAUCAACUCAAGAAAGAGAACCAACCAUUGAACCCACAGAAGAAACAACCAAAGAUGAAAGACCUCAACCCACAAGAGAUCCAGAAAAGACAACAGACUCCUCCACAGAGACAGCAAAAGGAGCAGAACCCACCAAAGAACCCGCUCCAGAAGCAGAGGCUGUGGAAGAACCGCCCAGAGCCUUUGAGAAACCAACACAAGGUUCUUUACCCAUAGAAAAAUCAGUUCAAGAGGUUGGACUCAUUAAAGAAACGACACAUGAAACCAAAUUAACCCUUAAACCAGCUCAAGAAAUGGACCACACAGAAGAACCAACUAAAACAGAACCUACAAGAGAACCAGGCCCCAAAGUAGAAACUGCUGAAGAACAUCUACACAAAACAAAACUUGAACAAGGAGUCAAAGAAACUCCAGCAUCCACUGAACACCCAGCAUUAGUGCCAGAACCAACUGAUUUUAAAGAUACCUCUGAAGAGGCAGUAAAAAUACCACCAGCAAAACCUACUGGAGAACCAACUAAAGAAUUGGAACCUCCCAUAGGAGCAGGAUACAAGGAAGAACCUACCAGAGAACCACCACAAGAAUCAGAACCAGGUAAAGAUACAAAACUGGGAGAGGAAGUCCCCAAGGAAUCUGUACCAGAAACAGAGGUCCCCCAAGAGACUGAGACAACAGCAGAACCAACAAGACAACCAGCGCCAGGUGAACCUGUAGGAGAACCUUCUGGUAAAAUAGAACCAACAGAAGGACUUGAAGAGACUGAAUCUCAUUUAAGACUUGAUGAAGAUGAAGCUGGUGUUCUUCCAACACCUUCAGAUGCAGCAGGGGAACCGUUUAAGGUUGGAGACGACAGAACCUCUGAGACGUCAGAUAAAGCAGCCGAAGAAACAACAGGUGUUCCAGAGGAGUUGUUAGUACCACAGACCCCUGAAAGAGAAGUGAGUCCUGUAACUAUCGAAGAAGACUCAAAAGAGUUACCUGUGACUGAGUUGGAGGGAACUAUUGGGCAAGACAUAGUGGCUGGAUCUCCAUAUGGUUCUGAAGGCGAAACCAUCAAAGAAACUACUUCCCAUGUGGUUGAACCUGCGAUCAAAGUGACUGAAAAUGUUCUUGAAGCUGAAGAACCCAGUGAAACACCUACAGAAGUUGUUACCAGAGACUUUCUAGUGACACUAUCAGAAGAAGGGUCCAUCAAGCUUCCUUCUGAGGAAACUGUCAAGACUGUCGCUCCUGAGGAAACAACCAAGUCUGUCAUCCCUGAAGAAUCGAUGGAGGCUGUAGUCCCUGAGAAAACAACCGAGAUUGUCGUUUCUGAGGAAACAACUGAGACUGUCGUCCCUGAAGACACAACCAAGACUGUCGUCCCUGAAGAAACGGUGGAGACUGUCGUCCCUGAAGACACAACCAAGACUGUCGUCCCUGAAGAAACGGUGGAGACUGUCGUCCCUGAAGACACAACCAAGACUGUCAUCCCUGAAGACACAACCAAGACUGUCGUCCCUGAAGAAACGGUGGAGACUGUCGUCCCUGAGGAAACAACCAAGACUGUCAUCCCUGAAGGAACAACGGAGAUUGUUGUCCCUGAAGAAACAGUGGAGACUGUCGUCCCUGAAGACACAACCAAGACUGUUGUCCCUGAAGAAACAGUGGAGACUGUCGUCCCUGAAGAAACAACCAAAACUGUCAUCCCUGAGGAAAUAACCAAGACUGUCGUCCAUGAAGGAACAACUGAGACUGUCGUCCCUGAAGAAACAACCAAGACUGUCGUCCCUGAGGAAACAACCGAGACUGUCGUCCCUGAAGGAACAACCGAGACUGUCGUCCCUGAAGGAACAACGGAGAUUGUUGUCCCUGAAGAAACGGUGGAGACUGUCGUCCCUGAGGAAACAACCGAGACUGUCGUCCCUGAGGAAACAACCGAGACUGUCGUCCCUGAAGGAACAAUGGAGACUGUCGUCCCUGAAGGAACAACCGAGACUGUUGUCCCUGAGGAAACAACCGAGACUGUCGUCCCUGAAGGAACAACCGAGACUGUCGUCCCUGAAGGAACAACCGAGACUGUCGUCCCUGAAGAAACAACCGAGACUGUCGUCCCUGAGGAAACAACCGAGACUGUCGUCCCUGAGGAAACAACCAAGACUGUCGUCCCUGAAGGAACAACCGAGACUGUCGUCCCUGAAGGAACAACCGAGACUGUCAUCCCUGAAGGAACAACCGAGACUGUCGUCCCUGAAGGAACAACCGAGACUGUCGUCCCUGAAGGAACAACCGAGACUGUCGUCCCUGAAGGAACAACCGAGACUGUCAUCCCUGAAGGAACAACCGAGACUGUCGUCCCUGAAGGAACAACCGAGACUGUCGUCCCUGAAGGAACAACGGAGACUGUCGUCCCUGAAGGAACAACCGAGACUGUCGUCCCUGAAGGAACAACCAAGACUGUCGUCCCUGAGGAAACAACCAAGACUGUCUUCCCUGAAGAAUUGGUGGAGACUGUCGUCCCAGAGAAACGUCCCUCUGAGGAUAAGGUUUUACCAAGAGAGAACGGUACCCUAAUGGUUCUCCCACCAGCUAAUGAAGCUCCAGGUGUAGCAGAGGAAACUACAGUAGAAACAUCAACAGUGGGACCUACCGAGGAGGCAACCACUCGGUCCACAACACACUCUCCUAAGUAUGUAGUGGAAACCAACAAUGGAAACUUUCCGGAUGUACCAGUCCGACCCUACGUAGAACAAGACAUAUUUUUGGGGAACAAUGACUUUGUGGAGGAGGAAGAGGAUGAUAACUCGAUUGGUAAUGAGAUAGACGGCACGCUGCUGCGACCCCCGCGACCCCUGAAGGAGUACGUGGUGGAGCAGCGGAUCAAACUGAAGGGAGAAACCUUCAGCAACGCUCUGAGAGACACCAGCAGCUUCCAGUACCAGCAGCUGGCCAAGCAGUUCAAACGCAGGGUUGAAGACGUCUUCGACAGGCUGCCAGGCUUCAAGAGCCUUGACAUAAUUGAAUUCAGGCCUCAGAAGGACCUGCAGCGGGGUCUGGUGGUGCAGGUCCACUACGCCAUCACUCUGGACCUGGAGGUGGACAGUGGUGGGGUCUCCAGCGACACUCUGGACUUCAUCACUCUGCAGAAUAAUCAGGUGGAGCGGAGCUACGUUGGAGCUGCUGAGCAGCCCACCGUCAUCUACACAAUCACUGAUUUCCGUAACUACAUCACCGAAGCUCUGCACAAAGACAACGUCCUGGCCAACGGCAGCCUGGAACAUGCAGGGAACGCUCCUCCUGUGAAACCUACAAGUAAACCGGAUGAAGCUUACAACAACAUGGAUAACAUUCUGGCUGCAGAGAAACCUCCCGAUGCACCGAUCCAUGAGCCAGACACCAGCGAGGUUUUCCUGAAGAAGGAGGACUUCCUGUUUGACACCAGGGACCAGUGGAAAGGUCCACACAGUAAGGAAGUGAGUGAAAACGACGUCUUCUUAUUCGAUGAAAGUACAACAGCACCACAGACCGGUAAAGUUCAAAAGACUGUUGACCUGGAGCCAAUAACUAAAGACGAGGGUGGAAACAUUGAAGGUGAGGGAUUCCUCCUCACUAUGUCUCCCAGCGCUGUGGAUGAUCACCAGACGGUCGUUCCUGAAGGAUCAGCAGUCACUUCACCUCCAAAACCCUCUGAGGUCACGUUUGAUCACGGAUCUGGAUCUGGUUUCUCUGGAGAUGGUCAGGAUUCUUCUCUCUGGUCUUGGGAGGCUUCAGAAACACCUGACAUCACCUAUGACCGGGGGGUCGACAGCCAUGAAGUCCUACCACCACCUGACCUGGAGAUGGACACGGAUGAUGAUGUGGAACCAGUAACCUCUGAAACGGCUGAUGUUUUACUGGUGACAACCCCCAGGUCUGGUGACUCUCACACCCAGGAACCUCUGGUUGGUGUCUUUGUGACGCCACUGAGCACAGACACACCAGACUUCACCACACCUCAACUUCUGCUACCUUCAACUGAGGCAGCCAUGACUGUGGACCUUUCUGUUCAAACAGUGGAAGCAUCUGGUUUCCAUGACGACUAUUCUCUGAUUGAGCCUCAGACCCAAACAGUUCCUGUUACAUCCUCUAAAACCUGGACUCCAACUGAUUCUGGCACCAGGCAUCAAACUGAAAACAUGGAGGAAGGGAUGAUGGGGGUCACUGCGUCAGAUAUCCUAGAGAUGAAAAGUCAAGAGGUUAUUGUGCUUGAUUUACCAAAAGCCCAGACUGAAGCUCCUCUCAGUCUGGACCUGCCUACAUUUGUUGAAGUUCAGGGGGUCACAUUUGGUGAACUCAGCGGUGAAACAGCCGCUGCUGGUCCAGAACAGCCUCAGGUCCUGACUGAGAGACCUGAGCCGCCCCUCCCAGAAACAAGAGCACCCAGUGAGGUUGAGGUUUUGGAGGAGCAGCAUUUAGGAACCACUCACUCCACCACGACAGCACCCUCUACUGGAGGUCUGGACCAGGACCUGGCUGUGGAUGAAGUCAUUGUUGUCACUACAACCACAGCAACUCCAGUCCCAACUUUACCCCCAGCCUUGGAGCACAGCGCUGCGCUCUCCCCUGAAAAGGAGUCGCCUUUCACUCGAGUCUCUGAUUCAGUGCCAGAAGAUGAGGAUCUCUUUCACCACGAGCAUCAAAACCACGACGAGGUCACUGAUGUUUCCACAAGCUCCGGUUCUUCAGGCGUUUUUCAGUCGACACCAGCAGAAAAGACUCCAACUGAUCCUGGACAGGGAUCGCUGGGUGCUUCAGAGCAACACAUGGAGACAACCGGACCUUCAGGAGAGGAAGCAGGACCUCCUACAAUGACAAGUGAACCUUCUGAGGGAAUUGUAAAACCUUUGGAUGAGGAAGAUUGGCCUGUUAAACAUGAAGAACCUCCAAAAGACAAAGCUGACCCUCUGGACGAUGCCGGAGUCAAACCUCAUGGAGUGGAAAGCAAAGUAGAAUCCUCAGAAACUGAAACUGUGCCAGUGAAGAGUGAAGCUUCUGGUGGAGACGAGCAAACUCCUCUGGAGGAUUUAGAGUAUACAUCACUGGCAGAACAACCCAGUUCUCCCAGCGUCUUCUCCCAGGGAGCUGGAGAAGACCCUGACUCUCCAAAAGGAGAAAGUGUGGAAGUGCAACCUUCAGGACAGGAACUGGAGACCUCUAGACCUGAAGAAGAAUUUCAACCUGCUGAAGAACAAAGAGAACAUUUUGGGGGAGCGGUAGAACCUUUAGGAGAACCUGAACCUUCAGAAAUAAAAGUAGAACCUUCUGGAGAAGUAGAAGUAACUCCAGAAGAGAAAAUUCAACCUUCUGGAAAAGGAACCGAGUCUCCAGUUGUGCAUGUGGAGCCUUCUGGAGAAGUAAAGAAAGAAGAGGAAGGAGAACGUUCUGGAAAGGAAGUGGCUCCUUCACAUGGGAACGUGGAACCAGAACCUUCCAGAGAAGUAGUCACUGCUCUCCUUCCAACACCGUCUCCCUCACAACCCAACGUUAACGACAGUUCUUCUGUCCUCGACCUUGGCUACGACUUCUCUGACAUGCCGAGUAUCGAUGUGAGCAUCGACCUGUUCCAGUACGGCUCUGGGGAAGCUGAUGGCGGAAGCGGUGGCUUCUCCAGUGAAGCUCGGGGUUCAGACCUUGAAGCUUUUCCUUUGCCGAGCCGGCCGGGCAGAGCUCUGACCGUGUUCUUCAGCUUGAGGGUCACCAACAUGGCGUUCUCCAGGAACCUGUUCAACAAAAGCUCCUCAGAGUACAAAUCUCUAGAACAACAGUUCAUACAGCUGCUGGUCCCGUACCUCCAGUCCAAUCUGAACAACUUCCAGAACCUGGAGAUCCUGAACUUCAGAAACGGCAGCAUUGUUGUAAACAGCAGAAUGCGUUUUGGCAAACCGGUUCCCAAAGAGGUCACCAACAUCAUCUACCUGAUUCUGGAGGACUUUGCCAACACGGCCUACCACACCAUGAACCUGGCCAUCGACAAAUACUCACUGGAUGUUGAAUCAGGUGACCGGGCCGAUCCCUGCAAGUUCCAGGCCUGUAACGAGUUUUCCAAGUGUAUGGUGAACCAGUGGUCUGGAGAGGCAGAGUGUGUGUGUGAUCCUGGAUAUCUGAGCAUCGACGGCCUGCCGUGUCAGAGCGUCUGUGACGCUCAGCACAACUUCUGCCUCAACGACGGCAAAUGUGACAUCAUUCCUGGCAAGGGCGCCAUCUGCAGGUGUCGUGUUGGGGAGAACUGGUGGUACCGCGGUGAGCACUGUGAGGAGUACGUCUCUGAGCCGCUGGUGGUCGGCAUCGCCAUCGCCUCGGUGGUCGGCUUCCUGUUGGUGGCUGGAGGAAUCAUCUUCUUCCUGGCCAGAACGCUCAGAGAGCAGUAUGACGGUGAAGACUCAGAGGAUCCACUCAGACGGCAUGAAAGCGUUCCAACUUUGGAGCGAGCCACCAAGUUCAACCCGAUGUUUGAGAGCGACCUGGUCUCUGCCCAGUACUACCGGCGCUACGAAGACAGCCUGCCCCAGUACCACCAGUGCUGCGACUCCACCCUGAACCAGUGCUGCUCCAAAGAACUGACCAGUGAAGAACUACAGAACAUCUGCCAGAACACGGCUCUCUCCAAAGAGGAGAUCCAGGAGCGUCUCAGAAUAAUCGAGUUGUGCUCCAGAGAUCAGCGCUUUGCAGACUUUGUCCGGCAAACGCAAGUAUUCCUGGAGAGGAGAGGAAGCUCCACAACGUAGCGUCCAGGCAGCUGCAGACCUCCAGAAACCAGCCCACGUCUUUACUGGAGGAGGAAGACCAGUCCAUCAUGAUGCUGCUGUUCGCUGAGCUGGAGGUGACCAGAUGCUGGCAGAUGUUGGAGUUUAUUUUUUCGCCCUGAAGUGAACUUGAUUUUUGAUUGCGUUCUGUGUUUUUGUAUCUUGACGUCUUGUUUUGAAGGAACACUUUGAUUUCUGAUCUUUGCUCGCUGGACAUUACCUCUGUCCUACACAUUCUGCCAGACUUCCUGUCCAGCUUGGAUCGAAGGGUUUCUGGUUGCAUCCUGACCUCCUGGUCGCCACCCGGGCCUGUCUCUGGUCUAAUCCUGGACGCCGGUGACCGGCAGCGUUUCUCCCUCUGGUGCCUUCACUGUCCUGUUAGCUCUUCUGGGAUGUGAUGCAAACAGAGCCCUCGAUCAAAAGCAACUUUGACAUAAAUCCACAACACCAAACAUCAUCAACCUCCUGCUUUUUCUACUGCUUUCUCAUCACUGAUGUUUACAUUUCUGUAGUAGAGGUAGAGCUUUACUCUGACUCCAUGAAAUGAUGAAUAUGUCUAGUUUGUGUUUUCUAAGACUUUGGCUGCUUCUCGUUAGAGCGAGGCAGCCCCAACCUCCCCCUUCACUUUCAUUAAUGUGUUUAUUUUGUGGAUCUGAAACAUCUGGAUCUAGUCGAACAAACGGUUUGGACAAGAGACAACUUUUAGUUCUUCAGAGAUGCUCUGGUACCUGAUAACUGAGCAAACAAAGCAACAACACAACAACAUGGGUCCGAUCCAGCCGAGGCUGCUCUAAUGCAAAAGGUGCCAACCACUUUAUGUCAUCGCUAAACGUUCAAGUUAUUCACCAGAUCUGACCGAACGUUGUGGCCCAGCAGGAAAAAACUAAUUAGUUGUUUCAGUGAGACUCUGGUACUUUCAGCUUCAAGGUUUCUCAAGCUGUCAUGAUCUGGUUCUGUUACGAUACUUUCUUGAUCCGGUUCUGAAGAUCAGCUGGCUUUCUUUCUUUCUUUCUGUUCCCCGACUACCAGCCGUGUUGUUUCACAUUUAUUUAUGUUUUCUGCUCUCUGAACUUCCCACCAUGCUGUUUUUAUGAUAAAGUAUUUUCUAAUCUUGAGAAAAUGUUUUACUUCAUCCGCUGAACCUCGUGUCCAAUUUCUGAGAAUCCAGACCUGAACGUUGAAGCAGCAUAACAGCUAGCUUGUUUUUAGAUGUGCUAAUAGAAACCAGGAACAAGUUUUAUCUUAAAUUCCCUCCUAAAUGUUUAUCCUGACGUUUUAAAAACCGACUCUUUAACGUCCUCAGGCGGUUUGAAUGUUUGAAUGUUGACGUUCUCGGCCCUCAUGUCCGUCGCUGUGGUUUGUAUCGUGUGUUUUUAUGCCGGUUUGUCUGAUUUUUAGUCUGAAGCUGUAGCGUAAGCGUGGGAGGUGGCGCACUUUUUAAAAUAAAAUGCUGACAUUUUUUACACAGCCGUCGUCAGACGUUGCAUGUUUGUUAAAGAGGAAAAACUCUGAAGGUUUCGCAAACACUCUGCUGUCAGAGCGGACAUGUUGGCCAUCGCCAUGGCAACCUGGUGACAUCACAGGUAAACAAUAAGAACGUGGUUAAUCCUCUCAGAUAUGUUUUAGCAAUAUGUAAAAUGUCAGAAAAGAAUAUUCAAUAUUGAUAAUUUCUCUAUGUUUUGCGUAUUUAUCAACAUUAAUGUUGGCAUUUGUUACGUUCCUGAAGUGUCCAAAGUGUGGCUCGGGGGCCAUUUGCAGCCCUUGGAAUAAUCAUGUGUGGCCCUCAUCAUUCAUAGCCUGAUGCAGAUGAAAAUAUGUUUUAUCAUGUUUAAGUUAUAUCUUCUUAAACAGAAAGUGUUUUCAUUUAUUAGCCAUGUCUGUUUUUGUUUUCAUUUUAAUAUCCUAGAAGCUACAAACA